UGGGAAUUAGACUACUAUUCUCCUGCAUGGAAAUUUGUAGGCCAACACAUGCGAUGGACUGCAAGCAUGGAAAAGAUUGCCAAUGGGCAUGCUCGACGCGCCAUGAAUGUACCAGUAACGGAACCAACUCCUCCGUAUAUAUCGAUGCACAUACGGCAUGGUGACUUCAGCCAACAAUACGAAGAGUUUCCAGUGGACCAGUGCUUCGCCCCGUUGUCUGUCAUUGCGCGCAGGGUGUCUGAGGUGCAAGAAAAGCUUCGGACACGAAAAGGGAUUGAGGCCACGCAUGUUAUCAUGACGAGCGACGAAAGGGACCCGGAAUGGUGGUCAGAUGUUGGGGCGAACGUGGGUAGAUUACGUAGCGGAACAGACAGAGAGAUCUAUGGAAAACGGCAUCCGGUGUUCGUUGAUGCUAUCAUUCAGUCGAAUGGAGCUGGCUUAGUUAGCACUUGUGGUUCUACGAUUCGCAGAGUACAGUCGUGGCAUGAUGGAGCGACUCGGCUCGUUAGAUGGGGGUGGCCGGACGCGGACGACCGCUGAUGUUGAUCGGAAUGCUGGAAUUGAGACUACUUUGGGCCUCACAAAUCAAUGGCUACAAUGUUCUUAUUUAUGAUGCGCCUAAUGGUCGUUCUCCGGCUCGAAUUCACUGCAGGCGAAAGCUUCUUGGUGCAUAGUACUGGAAACGUUCCCUUCCUGAC